AUGUACUCCAAGUGUGGAGAUAUUGAUUCUGCACGAUAUGUAUUUGAUCGCAUGAUGGACAGAGAUAGAACUUGUGUUUCAUGGACUGCCAUUAUUGGUGGGUAUGCCGAGAAAGGUGAUUUGGACGAGGCAUUGGCAUUGUUCCACUCUAUGCAAGCAGCUGGUCAGACACCUGAUGGUGUUGUGAAUCUGAUUCUCAUCCUAAAACAGUGUUCUGGAAUGAGAGUAGUGAUUGCUGCUCGUGGAAGGGGGUCACCUAUGACUGGUCGAAUGGGCAUUCUUUGCUACUGUCAACUACAUGGGAAAUUCUCAAAAAACAUUUUUCACCUUCCAAACCUACGAGAGCUCAACAAAGGGGGAAAUAAGGACCUCACAGGUAAACUUCCAUACUUCAAUGUGACUAGUUCCUUUCAGUUUCUUGAUCUCUCCGGGACAAGUUUUCUUGGCCAAUUGCUUGAUUUAAUCAACAAUCUUAAAGCCUUGAAUAGUUUGUACCUCUAUCAUUGUAACUUUUCGGGGUCCAUACCUGCUUCUCUUGGGAACCUUACACAAAUCACCAAUCUAGACUUCGAGUAUAACAGUUUCGGCAGUCAAAUCCCCUCAUCAAUUUCAAACCUUGCAAAGCUUAAUCCCUUGUAUCUUGACAGAAACAAAUUGAACGGAAAAAUACCGAAUUCCCUUGGCAACAUGAGCCAACUUACUCACUUGUACCUUUCUUCUAAUCAUCUAACUGGUACAAUACCAUCUUUGUUGUUUGCUCUACCUUCACUGGUUUAUAUAGAUUUGAGUAACAAUAAGCUGCAGGGACCAAUUCCAGGAUUAGUUUAUGAACUCCAUAACCUAACAGGAUUAGGGCUUUCAUCAAAUAACUUUAGUGGUGUAGUGGAGCUAGAUAAGCUGCUUAAUCUAAAACAUUUGUCCAAUCUUGAUCUCGCAUAUAAUGGUCUCUCAUUGAACGUUAACAAUAGUGUCAACUCUACCUUGACCAACUUUGACACUAGAGGAUUAGCUUCUUGCAACUUGAGCGAAUUUCCAAACUUCUUGAGAGAACAAGUUAGAUUGCGUUCACUAGACCUUUCAAACAACAAAAUUCCCAGUGAAGUUCCAAAAUGGUUAUUCAAUGUGAGGAAAGAUUCAUUGUAUAAUUUAAAUCUUUCUCAUAAUUUCCUUACAAGUUUAGAGCGUCUUUCAUGGAAGAAUCUACGGUAUAUUGACCUACACUCCAACUUACUUCGAGGACCACUCCCUAUUCCACCUAACACCACAUAUGUUUUCUGUAUCUCAAACAAUAAAUUGACAGGAGAAAUCCCUACAUUGAUUUGCAAUCUGAGUUCACUUGGAGUUCUUGAUCUGUCUAAUAACAGUUUGAGUGGGUUGAUUCCACAAUGUUUGGGCAAUUUUCUCUCCGUGCUGAAUUUAGGAAACAAUAGAUUUCAUGGUGCCUUUACUACGACAUUUACAAAAGGCAACGUGCUAAGGAAUCUUAACUUGAAUGGAAACCAAAUUGAAGGACAAGUUCCGCGAUCUUUGCUCAAUUGUGAAUACUUGGAAGUUCUAGAUCUUGGAAAAAACAAGAUAAAUGAUACAUUCCCCCACUGGUUGGAAACUCUUACAGAAUUAAUGAGAUGUUUAUCUUAUUCUGGAUUUGGGAUCGGUCCAUGGCCCUCUUCUACCAUAUCCGAAGCUGCAUCAAAAGCACAUGAUAAGAAGAUGGAGACCCAGAGAUUGGAGAUCCGAAACAUAAUGAGAUGUUUAUCUUAUUCUGGAUUUGGGAUCGGUCCAUGGCCCUCUUCUACCAUAUUCGAAGCUGCAUCAAAAGCACAUGAUAAGAAGAUGGAGACCCAGAGAUUGAAGAUCCGAAACAUGAUGUCUUCUCGAGGGAGUAGAGGUCUUGUAGGGAGUAGAAGUGUCGGUAGGGGCACAAUAGUUCCAGUAACACCCAUUUUUGCAACACCAAUUGUGGGCGAGGAAAUUGCAUGCAAGAUUGUGAGAGUGGUGAGGGAAGCUCUAGCUUGCCAAGAGGUAGACAACACUCAUGCCCUUAAGCUUACUAAGAAGUUUCUUCGCUCCAAUCCACGUGAGUUCACAGGGAAGCCUAAACCAUUAGAGGCAAAUAAUUGGCUAGAACAGAUCCCCAAGACUCUUGAUAUGCUCAAAGUCGAGAUAAGGGAUUGA